GCCCGCGCCAGGUGGAUGCGCUGAGGCAUGCACUGACGAUAGGCUUCGCUAACAAGCUCGCGCGCCGCCUGCCCCGCCACAACGGCUACAAGACGCUGCACGCGGGGGGCGGCCAGCUGGCUCAGCUGCACCCGGGCUGCUCCGCUCUGCGGGAGGACGGCGAGGGACUGGCUCCCGAGUUCCUGAUCUACCACGAGCUGGUCGCCACCAGCAGGCCCUUCCUGCGGCAGGUGUGUCCCACCCGCGCCGAGUGGGUGGCGGACGUUCUGCCCAAGAUUAUGGCAGCGGACGUGCAGCGGCUCAGCAGGG